AUGACCCAAAGCCUCCAGAAUGGCUUCAGUCUGGAGAACCUCUACCAGGAUCUGAAGGGGCCUCUGUCUGUCCCUCCGCCUGCCCAGGGUGCUCAGAUCCUGGGUGUACGCCGGGGGUCAGGCCCUGUGGAGCCUCAUAAGGACCAAGAGAUUCAGAGGCAUCGGUCUGGCACCGUAACCGGUCAGGGUGCUUCUCUUCUGGGCUCAGGUCUUGGGCAGACCCCUGCUCCUAUAGAUGUCCAGAUGUGUCAGUCUAUCCAGCCAUGCCAUGCAGAUCACCAAAGAGACAUGAGUGCUGGGCAGCUACUCAAAUGGAUGGACACCAUUGCAUGCCUCGCUGCUGAACAUCAUGCUGGGAUGGCGUGUGUGACACUCUCCAUGGACGACAUCCAGUUUGAGGAGAGGGUUGGCCAGGUGAUCACUAUCAAGUCCAAAGUCAGUAGAACGUUCACCACAAGCAUGGAGGUGGGAAUCCGUGUGCCGGUGCAGGAUGUGAGGGAACGUGUGGAGAGGUUGGUAUGUGUGGCUUACUCCACCUUUGUUGGAAAGCCAGCGGGACCAAAAAAGGUUGUGUUGUAGCCGGUGGAAAACCUGGGUUCUGCAGAGGAGCAGCUGCAGCAUUCUCUGGCCUCAGAGAGACGAAGACUCCACCUCUACAACGAACAGACGUUCAGUACCCUGCUACAAGACUACCGCGCACUAGCCAACGGUCAGUCUGUCUCUCUCUCUUUCACCUGUGUGGAGAGCGUCGAGCUGGUCCUGCCGCCACACGCUAAUCACCACGGCAACACCUUCGGAGGACAAAUCAUGGCUUGGAUGGAGAACGCAGCCGCAGUACACGCGCACACCCAACUAGCCCUCUCUCUCUCUCUGAGGUCUGUAGACAUGUUCCGCUUCAGAGGUCCUUCCUCUGUGGGAGACAGACUGGUCUUUAAGGGUGUCAACAACACAUUUAACAACAGUAUUGAGGUAGGUGUCCGAGUGGAGGCCUAUAACUGUGAGGAGUGGACCGCGAACAAAGCGCGUCACAUCAACAGCGCCUUCCUAUCUACCAGCUGGCUAACACACCUGGAGGCGUACCUACCUUUCCCCCAAGUCACAUACACCACCCAGGACGGGGAGAGGAGAUACCGGUCUGCCAUCGUAAGGAAGAGAAUACGGAUGGCUAGAAAGCACAUCCUGUCCUGUAAGGAGGAGGCUCCUAUCUCUGUCCCCUGGGAUGAAAGGAACUGGUUUCCUUACAACGUUGUGUGUAUGUCCAUGAGGAGCUGGUUUGUGUCCAAGUUCAGAUGGAGCUGUGAGGAGGUAGAGGGGGCCGAUGAGGAGGAGACGGUGUACCACAUUAAUGCCCCACCAAUCAACGGAGGCAAGAGCCGAGACUUCAUGUUCCUGUUGUCAAAGAGACAGUCCUGCAACGACGGGGACCUCUAUGUGGUAGCCCGGAGGUCUGUAACCAUGAAAACAGUUCCCCCUGUGGAGGGCUUCCUCCGUAGCGAGGUCAAGUGUGCCGGGUUCCUCAUCCACAGCCCGGAACUCAACAGCUGCAGGACACCUGGGGAUGGAUGA